AUCUCGUGACGGAGGAGAGAGAGAGAGAGACGCGCGGGCUCCAGAUGUACGGCAGGCUUCGUCAGGGUCGGGAUGGAACCCACGACCUCCCGUACACCGGGAGAGGUGGUCAACAUCUCGCCGCGUUUGCCCGCAGGCUCCUCCGUGCCGCCGGCCUCCUCCGCCCAGGCUGCGGCGGUGUCGCUCAGCGCUCGCUCUCGCUACGGCCUGCGGCAGCGCGAGAGGAAAGUCUACACAGAGGUGGAGGAGCCCCAGGACGACGACUUCUUCUUCUGCGAGCUGUGCAGGGAUUUCUACCUGGGGGAGUGCUCCGUGCACGGCCCGCCAGAGUUCAUCACGGACGCGGCCGUGGCCCCGGGAGUGGCCGACAGGGCCCGGCUCAGCCUGCCCCAGGGCCUCACCGUCGGCGCCUCCUCCAUCGCCGGCGCCGGCCUCGGCGUGUGGAGCAACAGGAAGAAGCUGCCCAAGGGGGUGAUGUUUGGGCCCUACCAGGGAGAGGUGUCUGAGGAGAACCCCGUGAGCGAGUACUGCUGGCUGGUGAGCUGCUGCUGCUGCUGCUGCUGCCACUGCUGCAGCCUCCUCCUAUUCCUACAUCAUCAUCGUCGUCGUGUGUGUGGAGAGGAGGCUCGUGAGGGAGAUACAGAGAAAGCCAUAGCUUCACACAGUCACCCAGUUGGCUACGUCCGGUACGAAAGAAGUUCAAGUUACGGUCCAACUCACAUUAAUUAUCCGUGGAUCUGCUCGUGUGCGUGUGUGUUUCAGAUUUACAAAAACAAAAAGGAUCGUGAAUAUGUUGAUGCUCAGGAUGAAUCAAAAUCAAACUGGAUGAGGUUCGUCAACUGCGCGAGGAAUGAGCAGGAGCAGAACCUGGUGGCCUUCCAGCACCGGGGGCAGAUUUACUACCGCACGUUCCGUGCCGUGGGGCCCGGCUCUGAGCUGCUGGUCUGGUACGGCGAGGAGUUCGCCCAGGAGCUGGGCAUCGCCUGCGAGGCCGGGCCCUCGCGACGCCGCAGCAGCAGCAGCAGCGAGUUGGCUCCCAGGGCCACCGCCAGAGACCUGCACCCCGUGCAGCCUCCACCAAGCGAGGAACACUGUGAGCACCGCUCACCAGAGACUCACCACUGCUCACCAGACUAUAGCCACCACUCACCAGAGAUGAUAGCCACCACUCACCAGAGAGCGUUUGCACGGCUAUCACACCUUCACAGGCACCAGAGAACACACACGGGAGAGAAGCCGUUCAAGUGCACCGUGUGUGAGAAGGCGUUUGCACAUCUACAACACCUUCACAGGCACCAGAGAACACACACGGGAGAGAAGCCGUUCAAGUGCACCGUGUGUGAGAAGGCGUUUGCACAACUACCAGAUCUUCACAGGCACCAGAGAACACACACGGGAGAGAAGCCGUUCAAGUGCACCGUGUGUGAGAAGGCGUUUGCAUGGCUAUCAGCUCUUCACAGCCACCAGAGAACACACACGGGAGAGAAGCCGUUCACGUGCACCGUGUGUGAGAAGGCGUUUGCACGGCUAUCAACUCUUCACAGCCACCAGAGAACACACACGGGAGAGAAGCCGUUCAAGUGCACCGUGUGUGAGAAGGCGUUUGCACAACUACCAGAUCUUCACAGCCACCAGAGAACACACACGGGAGAGAAGCCGUUCACGUGCACCGUGUGUGAGAAGGCGUUUGCACGGCUAUCAACUCUUCACAGCCACCAGAGAACACACACGGGAGAGAAGCCGUUCAAGUGCACCGUGUGUGAGAAGGCGUUUGCACAACUACCAGAUCUUCACAGGCACCAGAGAACACACACGGGAGAGAAGCCGUUCAAGUGCACCGUGUGUGAGAAGGCGUUUGCAUGGCUAUCAGCUCUUCACAGUCACCAGAGAACACACACGGGAGAGAAGCCGUUCACGUGCACCGUGUGUGAGAAGGCGUUUGAACGGCCAUCAACUCUUCACAGCCACCAGAGAACACACACGGGAGAGAAGCCGUUCAAGUGCACCGUGUGUGAGAAGGCGUUUGCACGGCCAUCAACACUUCACAGCCACCAGAGAACACACACGGGAGAGAAGGGUGACGCCCACCCCGUGAAUGGCGACACCCACCCCGUGAACGGCGACGCCCACCCCGUGAACGGCGACGCCCACCCCGUGAACGGCGACGCCCACCCCGUGAACGGUGACACCCUGGGACUGGUGACACCCACCCCGUGA